AUGCUGAGGUUUCUGUUUCUGCUCUUUGGGCUCAUCGGGCUCCAGACAGACAAUUCUGAACUACUACUACCUGUGCAAAUUAUAAUUCCAGAGAAAAAACGGUCAACAUCAAGAGAUGGAGUUGAAACAAAUGUGUCUUACAACAUUGUAAUUGAUGGGAAAACAUACACUGUGAACCUGAUGCAAAAAGCUUUCUUGCCUCCUAGUUUUAGAGUUUAUGGUUAUAAUGGCACAGGAUAUAUGAAGCCCUUUGAACAACAGAUUCAGAAUUUUUGCUACUACCAAGGGUAUAUUGAAGGGUAUCCAAAUUCUAUGGUGAUCCUUAGCACAUGUACUGGACUCAGGGGCUUGCUACAGUUUGAAAAUAUAAGUUAUGGAAUUGAGCCCUUGGAACCUUCAGUUGGUUUUGAACAUGUGAUUUACCAAGUAAAUAAUAAGAAUACAGGUGCUUCUUUAUAUACUGAGGAGGAUAUUGAUCCAAGGGACUUGCCCUUUAAAAUACAAAGUGUACAGUCACCUACAGAUUUCUCUAGUUAUAUAGAAAUGCAUGUUGUAGUUGAAAAAAAUUUGUAUACUCAUAUGGGUUCUGAUACGGCUACUGUCACUCAAAAAAUUUUCCAAUUAAUUGGAUUGACUAAUGCUAUUUUUACUUCAUUUAAUAUUACAAUAAUUCUGUCUUCACUGGAGCUUUGGAUAGAUGAAAAUAAAAUGCCAGUAACAGGAGAUGUUAAUGAAUUAUUACACAAAUUUUUAAAAUGGAAAAGGUCUUAUCUUGUUUUGCGUCCACAUGAUAUGGCAUUUUUACUUGUUUACAGAGAAAAAUCAGAUUAUGUUGGUGCAACCUUUCAAGGAAAGAUGUGUGAUAGACAAUAUGGAGGAGGCAUUGCUGUGCACCCCAAAACCCUAAGUCUGGAAUCACUUGCAGUCAUUAUAGCUCAAUUAUUGAGCCUUAGUAUGGGAAUAGCUUAUGAUGACAUUGACAAAUGCCAGUGUUCAGGAGCUGUCUGCAUAAUGAACCCAGAAGCAAUUCAUUCCAGUGGUGUGAAGAUCUUUAGUAACUGCAGCAUGGAAGAUUUUGCACAUUUUAUUUCAAAGCCAAAAUCCCAAUGUCUUCGAAAUCAUCCAAAGUUAGAUCCAUCAUAUAAAGUUGGAGUUUGUGGUAAUAAAAAAGUGGAAGAUGGAGAAACAUGUGACUGUGGGACUGCAGAUGAGUGUAACCAAAUCCAAGACAAUUGCUGUGACUCUACCACAUGUGCACUAAAAGCCGGUUUAGCUUGUUUAACGGGAGCGUGCUGUACCAAGUGCCAAUUUUCGCCAAAAGGAACUGCAUGCAGGAGUUCCAUACAUGAAUGUGAUCUCACUGAAUAUUGCAAUGGAUCAUCUGGGGAAUGUCAAGAGGACUUUUAUGUUCAGGAUGGUCAUCCAUGUGAAGAGGAUAAAUGGCUCUGCAUACAGGGACAGUGUAAGAGUAUGGAAUCACAAUGUUCGGAAGCAUUUGGUGAAGGUAUUUCUUUAGGUGCAGCUCCUCCAGAGUGUUUUAAAUACCUUAAUUCUAUGACUGAUAGAUCUGGCAGCUGUGGUGCAGAUGCUUCAGGAUACAAGAAGUGUGAUCCUAAUGAUGUGAUGUGUGGAAAAUUAAUAUGUAAACAUGACGGUGAAAAUAUACUUGAAAGUAGCAGCGCCAUUAUUAUUUAUACUAAUGUAAAUGGAAAUAUCUGUGUCGCAUUGGAAUAUAAAUAUGAUCAUGCUGAGAGCAAUAAGAUGUGGGUAAAAGAUGGAACUGUUUGUGGUACAAAUAAGUUGUGCAGGCAACAGAAGUGUAUAGAUAAUGACUUGAAUUAUGACUGUACUCCACAAAAAUGCAACAAUCAAGGUGUAUGCAAUAAUAAAAAAAACUGCCACUGUAACCCCAAGUAUUUACCUCCAAAUUGCCAAAAUGUAGAAGAUUCAUUUCCUGGCGGGAGUGUUGACAGUGGCAAUUUUCAAGCUGUUGCAACAACAGCAGGCCACGCCCAAAGACUUUAUGUUGAGAAUGUUUAUCCUUCGAAACCUAUGAGAUGGCCAUUUUUCCUACUCAUUCCUUUUUGUGUUAUUCUCAGUAUAAUGAUAAUAACCCUGGUAAAAGUUUAUUUACAAAGAAAGAAAUGGAAAACUGAGGACUAUACAAGCGAUGAGGAACUUGAAAGUGAGAGUGAAUCCAAGAGUAGCCUGGAAAACAGAGACUCCAUAAUAUCAUAG